AGGCGGGCACGGACCGAGCUGCCCAGCGGGGCUGCCUCCAGCCUGAGCCGCCGCUCCGCCGGAGGAGCCGCAGCCCCGGCUGGGGGAGGGAGGCGGUUCCCACGGAACAUUUAUACAUUUUUUGCCCCCCCCUCCCCUUUUUUUUUCUUUUUCCUUUUUUUUUUUUUUUUUUAAUUUUUUUACAUUUGGUUUUCAUCCGUGGAUAACGCUCGAGAGGAGCCGGGGGGGUGGGGGGAGCCCGGUCCCCGCGGGCAGGAGGCGAUGGAGACGCCGCGGGACCAGCGCGCAGGGGCUCGGCACGGAGCGCGGCGCCGGCACCAUCCAAGUCCCCUGCAGCGCAGGAUGAACCCACUGGCAUCCUGCCUGGGCCUGUGGCUCCUCUUCCAGCUCCCUGCCCUGGUCUCUGGGACACGUGUGCUCUACAAAGUGCAGGAGGAACAACCCCCCAACACCCUCAUAGGGAGCCUGGCCUCCGACUAUGGCUUGCCGGACGUGGGGCACCUCUACAAGCUGGAAGUGGGGGCCCCGUACCUACGUGUGGAUGGCAAGACUGGGGACAUCUACACCACAGAGACCUCCAUCGACCGGGAGAGCUUGCGUGAGUGCCAGCACCUCCUGCCCGGAGAGCCCUGCUUCCUGGAGUUCGAAGUGUCCAUCACUGACCUGGUGCAGAACAGCGGCCCCCGCCUGCUCGAGGGGCAGAUAGAGGUGCUCGAUAUCAAUGACAACACCCCCAACUUUGCCUCACCCGUCCUCACCCUCUCCAUCCCCGAAAACACCAACAUUGGGACGCUCUUCCCCAUCCCCCUGGCCAUGGACCGGGACUCGGGCCCCAACGGCGUUGCCUCCUACGAGCUGACGGCUGGUCCGGAGGCGCAGGAGCUCUUUGGGCUGCAGGUGGCCGAGGAUCAGGACGAGAAGCAGCCGCAGCUGAUCGUCAUGGGGAACCUGGACCGGGAGCAGUGGGACUCCUACGACCUGACCAUCAAGGUGCAGGAUGGGGGCAACCCCCCGCGGGCCAGCAGUGCCCUGCUCCGCAUCACCAUCCUGGACAUGAACGACAACGCGCCCAAGUUCGAGAAGGCCCUGUACGAGGCAGAGCUCUCCGAAAACAGCCCCGUGGGGCACUCUGUCCUCCAGGUGAAAGCCAACGACUCGGACCAGGGCGCCAACGCCGAGAUCGACUACUCCUUCCACCAGGCCUCGGACAUGGUGCGGCGGCUGCUGCGCCUGGACCGCGCCACGGGGCUCAUCACCGUGCAGGGGCCCAUCGACCGCGAGGACGUUGGCACCCUCAAGUUCUCCGUCAUGGCCAAGGACAAGGGCGCCAACCCCAAGAGUGCCCGCACCCAGGUGGUGGUCACCAUCAAGGACAUGAACGACAACGCGCCCUCCAUAGAGAUCCGAGGCAUAGGGCUGGUCACCCACCAGGAUGGCAUGGCCAACAUCUCGGAGGACGUGCCAGUAGAGACAGCGGUGGCUCUGGUGCAGGUGUCCGACCGAGAUGAGGGUGAAAACGCUGUGGUGACCUGCGUGGUGGCUGGUGACGUCCCGUUCCAGCUGCGGCAGGCCAGCGAGACGGGGAGUGACAGCAAGAAGAAGUACUUCCUACAGACCACCACGCCGCUGGACUACGAGUCAGUGAAGGAGUACACUAUUGAGAUCGUGGCAGUGGACUCGGGGAACCCACCCCUCUCCAGCACUAACUCCUUGAAGGUGCAGGUGGUGGACGUGAAUGACAACGCUCCUGUCUUCAGCCAGAGCUUCACCGAGGUGGCCUUCCCCGAGAACAAUGAGCCCGACGACCUGGUGAUGGAGGUCAGUGCCACCGAUGCUGACAGUGGCUCUAACGCCAAGCUGGUUUAUUCCCUGGUGACAGACCCUGCCUCCAAGGGCUCCUUCACCAUUGACCCUGACUCUGGGGAGAUCCGGGUGAAGGCAGUGCUGGACCGAGAGCAGCGGGAACGCUACGAGUUCGCGGUGGUGGCGACAGAUAAGGGCAGCCCCAGCAAGACGGGCACGGCGACUGUGGCCAUCAACGUCAUGGACAGGAAUGACAACGACCCCAAGUUCAUGCUGAGCGGCUACAACUUCUCAGUGAUGGAGAACAUGCCGCCCCUCAGCCCUGUGGGCAUGGUGACGGUGAUCGAUGCUGACAAAGGAGAAAAUGCCCGUAUCCAGUUGUCGGUGGAGCAAGACAAUGGGGAUUUUGUCAUCCAAAAUGGCACCGGCACCAUCCUCUCCAGCAUCUCCUUUGACCGGGAGCAGCAGAGCACUUACACCUUCCGACUGAAGGCGGUGGACGGUGGGGAUCCUCCCAGGUCUGCCUACGUGGGGGUGACCAUCAACGUCUUGGAUGAGAAUGAUAAUGCCCCCUUCAUCACUUCACCCUCCAAUGCCACCUACAAACACAUCCUGCCCCACACCAGCCCCGGCCAGCAGGUGAGCAAGGUCAAGGCAGAGGACAUUGACUCCGGCGUCAACGCGGAGCUGAUCUACAGCAUCACAGGAGGCAACCCCUUUGAGCUCUUCCAGAUCUCCCCGCAGAGCGGAGACAUCACCCUGGAGAAGGAGAUCCUGCGCAAGCACCACGGCCUGCACCGCUUGGUCGUGCGUGUCAACGACAAGGGCAAGCCCUCGCGGCACGGCACGGCCCUGGUGCACUUCUACGUCAACGAGACGCUGGCCAACCGCACGCUGCUGGACACGCUGGUGGGGCACAGCCUGGACACCCCGCUCGACAUCGACAUCGCCGGGGACCCCGAGUACGAGCGCAGCAAGCAGCGGAGCAACAUCCUGUUCGGAGUCAUCGCCGGCAUCGUGGCCGUCACUCUGGUCAUCGUGCUGGUCGUCCUGGUGCGCUACUGCCGGCAGCGGGAGGCCAAGAGCGGCUACCAGGCGGGCAAGAAGGAGACCAAAGACCUGUAUGCACCCAAGCAGGCCAGCAAGAGCGGGAAGAGCAAGAGCAAGGUGAAGAAGAGCAAGUCUCCAAAGCCACCCAAGCCCACAGAGGAUGAGGAGGAGACGGGGCUGCAGAAAUCGCUCAAGUUCAACCUCAUGAAUGACUCUGUCAGCGACAGCCCCCGAAUCCACUUGCCCCUCAACUACCCGCCGGGCAGCCCAGACCUGGGUCGCCACUACCGCUCCAACUCGCCGCUGCCCUCCAUCCAGCUGCAGCCUCAGUCACCCUCUGCCUCCAAGAAGCACCAAGUGGUGCAGGACCUGCCGGCCACCAACACCUUUGUUGGCACCGGGGACAACAACUCGACGGGCUCCGAGCAGUACUCGGACUACAGCUACCGCACCAAUCCCCAGAAAUACACCAACAAGCAGUUACCUCAUCGCCGAGUGACGUUCUCUGCAGCCAGCCAGGCUCAGGACCUGCAGGAUCCCUCCCAGCACAGCUACUACGACAGUGGGCUGGAGGAAUCAGAGACCCCCAGCAGCAAAUCAUCGUCGGGGCCCCGCAUCGGGCCGCUGGCCCUGCCCGAGGACCACUACGAGCGCACCACGCCCGACGGCAGCAUCGGGGAGAUGGAGCACCCCGAGAACGAUCUCCGGCCUCUGCCCGAUGUAGCCAUGACUGGGACCUGCACCCGGGAGUGCACGGAGUUCGGCCACUCCGACACCUGCUGGAUGCCCGGCCAGUCCUCCCCCAGCCGCAGGCCCAAGAACGCCCUCAAACUCUCCACUUUUGUGCCUUACCAAGACAGAGGGAGUCAAGAGCAAGUCGGGAAUGGCAGCCCCAGACUCUCAGAAGAGCGCAGCACCAAAAUGGCCAACCUCCGCCUGCUCCCCACGUACAGUGCCUUCUCCAAUAGUAGCCAUGAGCCCUGCAAGGACUCUCCCAUGGAGGAAAUUCCUCUCACCCAGACCUCGGACUUCCAGCCAGCCACCACCCCCUCGGCGCAGACCACCAAGAGGGAGAUCUACCUGUGAGGCUGGGCGUGAGGGGCAGGGAGCAGCCGCGCUUCUGAGGCCAGUGCCCAGAGGAACGUUUUAAACCUUCGAUGCUUUAUGGCUCCGGCCGGUCCUCCAGGCAGUGGGCUCUGCGGAGAGCAGGGCGGGGCGAGGCAGGGAUGCGAGGAGCGCCUUUUUAACCCGCUGUUUCCCGGGGCUGGGGGUGGGUGGGAAGGCUGAAAAGCAUCUGAAACCCGAUUCCCGAGCACUUGCGGGUGCAUGUCUCCGAACUGCUGCGUCGCCGGGGAGGGCUGGGCAGGCUCCUGGUGCGGAGGGCACGGCUGGGGAGAAGGGCUUACGUACCAAAGGUCCACGCAGAGCUGGUGGAGUUCCUGGGGCAUAGGACGAGGGGUGUCCCCGCACACGGGGAGCGAGCUGCCUGUCUCUUUGCUGUAGACUCCUGUAAAUACUUAGGAAUGACAUUCAAGUCCUGCCUGAUCGAAACUUUUUAUUGUCCUUGAAACAAAAAAAAAGACGUUUAAACAAAAACAAACAAACAAACAAAACACACAUAAAAAAAA